GGUGUCGGCGCCGGGGGCGCGGGGACAGCCACGCGGCGCGGGGGCGGGGGUCGCAGGGAGGGCGGCCUGACUGCUCGGAGCCCACACGGACGACUCCCGCGCCGGAGGUCCCGCUCGGCACGAAGACCCCGCGCGCCACCUCGGAACCCUCUCGCCCCGCCCCGUCCCCGCGCGCGCCGCCCUGGGGGCCCGCCCACCUCCCCGCCCGCGGCUCGGCCUCCGGUGCCGAUUGGGUGGGCCUCUCGGGAGGCCGCCUCUGCAUUGGCCGAGGAGCUUCCAGAGGCGCGCCCGCGAUUGGUGGGCGUCUGCGUUGCUCCCCGGCGCGGCGAGCGAUUGGCUGGCAGGGGCACGGUCUCCCGGGCCUGGGCGGUGCAGACAAGGCCUCAGGCGGCGGCGGCGGCGGCGGCGGCGACGGCGAGCGCGGCGCGAGGCAGGUUUGAGACCAGCGUCUGCAGUCUAGACAGAGGACCUCUUUUAGCCCGUGCGGGCUGGCCUGCGUGUGGCCGUUGGGACAGGAGCAGAGGGCGACACCGGAGCUCCCUUCUCCAUUCCCGGCUGCGUCUGCUGAGUUCAAGUUAUUCUUCUGAUGCUCUGGAUUUCGAGACUGAACACAAGUUGGAUCCUGUAUUUGAUUCUCCGAGAAUGUCCCGCCGCAGCCUGCGCCUGGUCACCACAGCCCGCGCGGCCGGGGACAGCCCCGCUGGGGACAGCGCGGCCAGACUAACCAAACAGCGCAGCAGCUCACACAGGUCGGCAUUUAGUAUCCACCACAGCUCAAGGAAGGUCCUGUCCUCGGCUGUCAGCCAUAGCGGCUCGGGCACCGUGCAGGCCGCGGCCUGUCUGCGGCCUCCCGUGCUGGAUGAGUCUCUGAUCCGUGAGCAGACCAAAGUGGACCACUUCUGGGGUCUUGACGAUGACGGAGAUCUUAAAGGUGGGAUUAAAGCCGCCAUUCAGGGAAACGGCGAGGUGGCCGCAGAGGCGGCCGGGAGCAACGGCUACACAUGCAGCGAGUGCAGCCUCCUCGCCGCGCGCAAGGGCGCACUCACCGCCUGCUCUGCAGCCCAUGGCCCGGCCUCUAGGAUCUACUCCAGGGACAGGCAUCAGAAACCUCAUUCCAGUCACUGUGGGAGGAUGGACGCGCGCGCGCGCCUGGCUGAGGACGGCCACCUCCGUGUGAACGGGGCGUCGCUGUGCGACGACUGUAAGGGGAGGAAGCGCCUGGAAAUGCACGUCAGCACCCACUCGCAGCGCUCGCGGCCAGGAGGGCUGGCAGGGACCCUGGGGCUCGCCCUGUCCCGCGCAGGUUGUCUGGCGCUUUUGCCUUAUAGCUCUGACAUCUCUGUCGUGAGUCAGCUCGCGGGGCAGGCGCUGCGCAGGGCCGGAGCCGCAGGAUGGCAUGUGUCCCGGAUGCUGCUGUCGGUGCUCUGCUUGGCCACGGCCGCCCCAGGGAAGGCAGCGUCUGAAGUGUUCUGGUGGCUCGGGAUUGGAUGGUACCAGUUUGUGACUUUGAUCUCUUGGCUGAAUGUGUUUCUUCUUACAAGGUGCCUUCGAAAUAUUUGCAAGUUUUUAAUCUUGCUCAUUCCACUGUUACUUUUACUAGCUGCAGGUGUUUCGUUGUGGGGCCAGGGUGACAUCUUUUCACUCCUGCCUGUGUUAAACUGGACCCACAGCCACAGAGUGCAGAGAGUGGAUGACCACGGGACCACGGUCACACCUGCUGCCUCCCACCCCAACCAGCCUCUGCAGGUUGGCGACGAGGCCUUGCGCUGGCAUCGGAUGAGUGAGGUGGAGAGGCAGGUGGCCGCGUUGUCGGGGCAGUGCCACAGGCACGAUGAGGAGCUGGGGCAGCUGCUGGCUUUGCUCCAGAAGCUGCAGGCUCGGGUGGACCGGGCGCACGGCAGCAGUGAAGGGGCGUCACCCCUGACUGACUAUGUGACGCUUCACCAAGAGCAUGAAUUGCGCAUCUCCAGCCUGGAAGAUGUACUUGGAGAACUGACAGAAAGAUCUGAGGCCAUCCAGAAGGAGCUAGAGCAGGCCAGGCUAAGAACAGCCAGUGGUGCUGGCGAGGAGCAGCGCCUGCCUGCCCUGGUCGGGCGUCUGGAGCAGGAGCUGGGGCACCUGAAAGCGGACUUGUCCAGCUGGCAGCGUGGGCAGGCCGGCUGUGAGAAGGCGGAGGCCAUCCGUGAGAAGGUGGAUGUCCAGAUCAGAGAGACUCUCAGACUCAUAUUCUCUGGGGAUGAGCACGAUUCUUCUGUCGACUGGCUGCUCCAGAAGCUGUCUGCUCAGUUUGUGAGCAAGGAUGAUGUGCAGGUUUUGCUACGAGAUUUAGAGCUGCAGAUCCUGAGGAACAUCACGCACCACAUUUCUGUGACAAGACAGAUGCCGACCUCCGAAACUAUAGUGUCUGCUGUGAGCGGAGCAGGCAUUUCGGGAAUAACAGAAGCGCAAGCACGGGUCAUCGUGAACAACGCCCUGAAGCUGUACUCCCAGGACAAGACGGGCAUGGUGGACUUCGCCCUGGAGUCUGGGGGGGGGAGCGUCUUGAGUACCCGCUGCUCCGAGACGUACGAGACCAAGACCGCGCUCAUCAGCCUGUUCGGCGUGCCGCUCUGGUACUUCUCCCAGUCGCCCCGCGUGGCCAUCCAGCCUGACAUCUACCCAGGGAACUGCUGGGCGUUCAGAGGCUCCCAGGGGUACCUGGUGGUGAGGCUGUCAAUGACGAUUCGCCCGACCGCCUUCACCCUGGAGCACAUACCAAAGACCCUAUCACCCACGGGCAGCAUCACCAGCGCCCCCAAGGACUUUGCGGUUUACGGGUUAGAAAACGAGUAUCAGGAAGAAGGGCAGCUCCUGGGACGGUUCACCUACGAUCAGGAAGGGGAAUCACUCCAGAUGUUCGUGGCCCCGAAAAAACCGGAAAGAGCUUUCCAAAUAGUGGAACUUCGGAUUUUUUCUAACUGGGGCCAUCCUGAAUACACAUGUCUUUACCGGUUCAGAGUUCAUGGAGAGCCUAUUGAGUAAAGAGAUGACUCACUAUGCUUGUACAUUUUGUAUAUACUGGACAGCCUGGAACACUGGAAUCCUUCAUGGACUCAGGCAGAGUACAGCAUUAACUCACCCCUGAAAUACACACGCCGACCGCCGGCAGGACACGGGUGGAGUGAUGCGUGCUGCCCAGCCACUCCCAGCUCGCUGCUCCGUCCCCGGGAGACACUGCACGCUGGCUCUCGGGCUCAGAGACCUGCCAGCUGCAGGUGGCCUCUGGAGAUUCAUCUGAAUGUAUGGUUCACACAGACACUUAUUUUUUGGGGGGGGGGGGGGGGGGGCUUUGAUUUUGAACAUAAAACUAUUUGCUUGACAUCAGGAACAAAGCAAAGGAAGUUAAAAAGUUUGGCGUGUUCUUGAAGCCUUGACAGCAGCCUUCACCAGCCCCUUGAAAGGGCCUUUGGGAGCAGAUAUGUGUUCAACCCAGCACACGUCUUUCAGGGAAGAACGGUGUCACCAAAGCUGAGAGCUGAACUCCCUUCCUUUAGGGUGAGCGGCUCCUCUGUUGGCAUAAGUGGUUCUUUAAUAUCACCAGAUGCAGAAGUAAUGAAAAUGGGGUUUCCUGCUUAGCAUGCUCCCACCACUGAGAAGGAUUUUCCAUCAUCCAUUCAGGAACCCUGGAGAGUUUCCCUUUGUUGCAGGUUUGAAGUGUGUCUGAUUCGAGAGGGGAUGGUCUGGAUCUAUACAAACAUGUAAAUAGAGUUCUCAGGUCUCCACUGGGCUCAUCCCAUCGGAUUCUCCCUGCAGUUUCACUUCACACUAUGAAUAGGAACCAAGAAAUCCAAUCUUUUGGGUAUUUUCAGGUUUUGUCUUGAAUUUUGCUGAAAAGCGAACACUAACAUGCUCUGUCUUUCAGAGGCUUAUGUUUUUAUUCCACUUACGGUUAUUAAAGGAGAUUGUCCCAUGUGGCAAAUUCAUGAAACCAGGACAUUUGGCGAUGUCUCCUUACAGCAGCACUUUGUAUGGCUGGAUUUGCCUUUUGUUACGACUUGGCCAUUCUCUUUGUUUUGGUUAUAAUUAAUAUUUAAUAUUUAGACUAUUUUACUGAGCAGACUUUAUAAAUGAGGUAUCUGCAAGGCACUUAAAGUUACAGAUGUUUUACCUUAAAAAUUAUUUAAGUUUUAUUGGGUUAAGACAGUUUUUUGGUGUACCAUAAAUGUAUUUUCAGAAAAAGAAAAUGAUGGUGCUGACUGGUUUUCUGAAGAGUUUUAUGUAUAUUGCACAACAGUCCUCAAAUAUACAAAACUACUUAAACUAGCAUUUUUUUCACUCUUGUUAGAAUUGAAAUUGAUGCCUAUGCAGUUAAGUUGGAUAAAAUGUAUACACGUUUCAUAUAUUACAGGAUAAAUAUAUAGAUCAAAAUUUCCUAUAUAAAGCUAAAUUUGGGAGACGGGGUGGAAAUAUUUUGAAUAUUUAUUUUUAAAGAUGCGAGACAGGACUUUGUGCAAUGUAUUUUUGUAAAUGCUUUUCAACAUACUUGUCUUUGGUAGAGCUUCUUUGCUGCCACCAAAUUGGUAAGACGCUACCGAAAUGUUUAAAUAAAGAGUUUUAAUUUUUAAAAGUGCAUGUGACAUUUCAAAUGAAUAAUAAACAGUAUGUUUCUUUA